GUUGCCAUGGCGUUCGGGCUCCUGCGAUGGCUUUUCGCCGCCGUGGUCGCUGCGCUGCGGUUCGCGUUGCGCGGCGCCCGCAGCGACCCCUUCAACGUGGCAGCCGAAGGCCAGCUGUCGGCGUCCACUGAGGAGCCCGACGUCGAGGAUCUAAAAAGACUCAACAGGCACCACAAGCGAGCCCUGCACUACCUGCGAUAUGCCAUCGCCUACGAUGAGGAGAAUGGCGAUCUCAAGGAACUGGCCAUCGGGCUCUACCGGAACGGUAGUGAGCAGCUCCAGAAGGGUAUUGCUAUUGACUUCUCCCAAGGACAAGCCACAAGAACUUUUGCUAUUGUGAUUGCAGCAUCCAGUUCUGGGUUGGGUGCCCCACUGUACUAA